AUGUCGAUGACCCUUAGUCGUGAAGUGGAAACGAGGAAUUAUUUCUGGAACGAGAAAAGUUCUGAUGUGAUCGGUCGAGGGUCAUUCGGUCAGGUAUUCAAAGCAAGAGACAAGGAAACUGGUGAAUUUGUGGCGGUAAAGGUGUCUGAGCGAGGAGAUGACAGGACAUAUCAGAAAGAGGUUGAAGUUCUGAGAAGUCUAGACUCGCCAUAUAUUAUCAAAUUUAUCACUCAACAACCGGUUCGUUUAUAUGAUGGUUUACAGGUGCUUGGCGGUACGGGUCGUUCAGCAAUAGUAAUGGAAUUAGCAAAAAGUAAUUUACGCGAUGAGAUGAACAAACCGGAGAAUCGAUUUGGCAUCCCACUAGAUAUGCUUAUUCGAUUGAUCGAUAAUCUUGAGAAGGGCUUAUCAUAUUUGCAUCAGAAGAAAGUGGCACAUCGUGACGUGAAACCGGCAAAUAUUCUCAUAUGCGACUCUGACUCCGUGAACGGAGAGACUUUCAAAUUAUGUGAUUUCGGUGGAGCACGUUACGUUUUCAGUGAAACUCAACCUCUGAAUACAAUUUGUGGUACUCCGGGAUAUUUGAAUGAAUUUACUACCGCGAAUUUGGCACGUAGAUCAAAUGCAUACACAUAUACGAAGGAUGAAUGUGAUCUGUGGUCGGUAGGAUGUACAAUUUAUGAAGCAGCUACCGGAAGGUUGCCAUUCAUCCCGUCAAGAGGUGCUGCCGAGCAUGACGAAAUGUACAAUAUGAUGUUGAAGAGGCCGCCGAAUGUGAUUUCUGGUUACGCUGACCGCAGUGGACGGUAUGUAUGGAGUACUAAAUUACCGUCAGAACAGUGCUUCUAUCCAGAAAGUUUCAAACGCGUUCUAAGUGAAUUCCUUCGUCGACUAUUCGAUAACCAUGCGUCAACACGGUUGACUUUCACGAAAUUCUCUGCAUAUUGUAAAGAACUGGUACGGUUAAGACGAUUCAAGCUGUUGUGUCCGAAUACGGCGACGAUUGAGGAUUAUUUUGAUACAUCGAAUGUGGUGCAGUUCGAGAGGUUUGCAUAUUACAUUUUAUUAGUUUACUUCGAUGAUGAUAUGAAAGAGCGUUUCUUGCUUUCGAAGGAUGUGAUUUUGUGCAUUUUUGCUUUGCCAUCUGGAACGGCAGAAGCUAAACUAACGCCGCUUGUGAGAGAUUUGAUUCAGCAAUCUACACAAGUUGUAAUCAUGACACUGAAAGUAUCAACAAAACCCAAACAGUUCGGAAAAGAGCCUUCAAUUCAAUUGGAUAUGCCAAAAACUGUGCCCGAAUCACCGAUAACAUCUCAUGCGGGACCAAGUAAUGGUUCGUCUUCAUAUAUUGCAUUUCUUGAGGCGUCAGCAAAUAUUCUGCUUACCGAAAAGCAAACCAGUGAAUUGAAGGAAUUCAAUGCAUCGAUUCGAUCAUUCUGUCACGAAUUUUGCAAAAAACUAGUAGAGCUGAAUGGAAACUUGAGCAGAGAAGUUAAUUGGGCAAUUGAAUAUUCGAGUGCUGUUGCCAUACAGUCGAGUGCACUCAGUCUAUUAUCACAUACGGCAGAUGAACGAAAGAAUAUUGAAAAUAAUAUUAAAGUUGCAUGUAUAGAAUUGACGAACAGCAAAAAUAGUGUCAAUCGCAUUGACCAACAUUUGAAUGAACUUGGGAACGAAGUGAGAGCGUUAGAUUCGAUUGAAAUACUGAAGCAUCCAUCACAGAGAGAGAAGCUUUUUACGCUAAUCAGAAACAGACGUAUUACGAUGGGUGUGAAUCGUCAGGAUGUAUCAGUUGAACGACUGCUGGAUGCAGAUCGUCGUUUUCUGCUGAAAUCAUUGGACGGCGCUGUGAAUCUUUAUGAAAAAACUGCAUAUUUUACUACCGAUUUGCUCACCAAUCACAUCGAAAUAAUUCUGAGGAAAUUGUUCGAUGAAUGUCGAGACUUGAAUAGAGCAAAAAAUUCCCUCAAAGAAAGUUUGCAGUUGGUUCAUGUUGCUCAAGAAACAAAUGAGCGACGUGUGGAGGCAUCAAGUUCGUCGGAUAGCAACAAUUCAUCUAUUAUGGAUGUUCACGUCUCAACAGCAUUGCAAUGUGCAAAGAAUGAUGCGGUACAACGAAAAAGGAAAGCUGAACAGGAGUACCGAGAAACUGAGCGUCUCAUUGAAUCACUAUCAAGAAUCCAGAAUACGGAAGCGAAUCAACAGGGUGCUGGAGAUGACCAUUAUCAAUCACGCUUCUAA